AUGGUCAUCCAAAAGUCAGAGGAUCUUUAUCUUAAUAGAGCAAAAUUUGUGAUGAAGUAUUUAGGCGUUUGGUAUUUAUUUCUGAUUUUUCAAAUGAUCUAUAUAAUCCAGGUUUGGGGCGACCUGGAGGCGGUUUCGCAAGCCUCUUACUUAUUGUUCACUCAAGCGUGUCUAUGUUUCAAAGUCACAGUUCUACAGAUGAAUAUGGAUCUUCUAAAGGAUUUGUUAAGACGAAUGAAUGAGAAGGUUUUCCUGCCGCAGUCUGCUAAGCACGAGAGUAUACUGAAACUGCAAGCCAAAAGGAUCAAGCGUCUACUUCUAGCAUUUAUGAUCAGUUCACAAACAACUUGCGGUCUGUGGGCACUGAAGCCGCUUUUCGACGAUGCCGGUAGUCGAAACUUCCCAUUCGAUAUGUGGAUGCCCGUGCAGCCAGAGUUCUCGCCACAGUACGAAUUGGGUUACGCUUUCCAACUGGUGACCAUUUGUAUGAGCGCUUACAUGUACUUCGGAGUGGACAGUGUGACUUUGUCGAUGGUAAUUUUUGCCUGUGCCCAGGUGGAUAUAAUUAAGGACAAGAUUUUAAGUAUUCAACAUAUUCAAAAGGAAAACAAAGAUCAACAUGAGAUAAAGGAAAUCCUAUCUGAGAACUACAAUAAAUUAAUAGAAUGCGUAAAACAUCACCAGGCUGUAGUAUCUUUUACUCAACUGGUAGAAGACGCAUACCACACAUUUUUAUUAUUUCAACUCGUUGGGAGCGUUGGACUAAUCUGCAUGUCCGCGUUGCGUAUUUUAGUGGUGGACUGGCGAAGCAUGCAGUUCUUUUCAAUAUUGACUUACGUGUCGGUCAUGAUCAGCCAGUUGUUUGUGUGCUGCUGGUGUGGCCACGAAUUAACAGCUACAAGUGAAGAUCUUCACACAGUGCUGACUACAUGCUUCUGGUAUGAGCAGGACGUGAGAUUUAUGCGAACUCUAUACUUUGCUCUGAUGAGCAUGAGGCGGCCGAUGGUUUUGCGCGCGGGUCAUUAUAUUAGUCUAUCCAGACAGACUUUUGUAUCUAUCCUACGAAUGUCUUACUCCUACUUUGCGGUUUUGAAUCAAACAAAGUAA